AGAUACUUUAUUUAUUGAAACACGUGCACCAAAGAUCUGGAAUUUAUUUCCGAAUGAACUAAAAUCGGCUUAUUUGAACACGCUUACAAGUUACCCGAUGUAUACCUGAUUGAAAUCGUGAUAUGUUAUACCGUGAGAAAAGUAAUUGUGCCACCGCCAGUGCAAAGCAGUAUAGUCCCAAGUCAUGCUGCAUCGAAGCCAAGCUACUGGGUAGAUUCUAGCUCCCCGCGUGUCGUGACACCAGUGUUGUUUUAUAUUAUAUAUAUCGUAAUUUUGUUUAUCCAGCCGCCCACUCAAAACAGAAGUAAGCUAAAUUUAUACAGCGUAGGAAAGUACGGCAACGUGACGCUCGAAAAGCUUGCAAUCGCACCUUCCACACCUUAAUGUUGUGUCAGUUUUUUCAAGCACGAUGAUUGCUUACAGCAGGGACGUUGUUUAGAGUUCGUGUAUGGUACCUUGUUUUCCUAUCCACAUGCGCAGCAACCGUAUUCUCACGAACUUGACGCCUGGAGCAAAGUCCGCCUCACAAUUAACUAAGAUGUGAACAGUUUGAUCAGUAUCUGCAUAGCUGUAUUUCAUCAGUGUUCAAUGUAUAUAUACGUAGUUAUAAACAGGUUUUUACAUUUUAAGGUUUAGCAAUGGUGGGAAUGUAUGAAAGCCAUAUAAACAAUACGCUUGAUCUGGGUAUAGUAAUAACAACCAGGUGCGCUUAUAAGUUGCUCAAACGUCAGCAAAGUCGGUCACACCUAGUAUGGAACCGGUUAUUAGGAAAAUAUUUCACAAAAAUAUAACGGGCACGCCCGAAGAAAACGUAAACAUGCAUUUUUAUUUUCGUUGCAAAUGUUUAAACGUGAUGUAAGGAUAAAAUUUUAUCGGUUUUUGGACGGUUUAUAAACGAGGUGCGGGAGCAUAGUUUUCACAACGAGUAAAUGCAAGUCUUUUUAACGCAAUAUUUUCAACCGUGAAAUGAUAGUUUUGUUUAAGAGUUUUGUUAAGAUUAAUUAUUUAAUCGCGCCUUACCGAUCUUGAAAUGUGGCCAACAGUAGCACUUUAAAGCUGAUUAAGAAAUGUAAUAAGUACUAUGUAGUGUAAACUCUAAGACUUUGACAUUAACAUUCUACUAGUGUCUGAAUUAAGGCGUGUGCAUGUUCCGCCAUAGCAUUUUAACAUUGUGUCUUUAAGUUUUUACACACCAAGUUUGAUCCGCAGCACGCCUUUCUUAAAUUAGAUGUCUUAGCCGUGAUUCGAAGUCACGUUUAGCAGCAAUGUUCGGUUAUAAACAUUAUGUGAUAGCCGAAAGCGAUUCUUGAGAAUAUUAAUUCAUGUGCUGAUCUAACAUUCCAAUUAUUUCUAACAGUUUGGCUCGCGAGGUUAGACUUGUAUAGAUUAGAUGGCGAAUGUUAAUGAAAUUCAGGUUCUUAACAAUGAGAGUUUUCGUGCCGAAGACAUCUUUACAACAUGGAUGCCAGGAUCAACCACUGGAAACUCAACAGAAAUGCCGAGUAACGGUGACGACCGUAUUCCUGCAAAAUGGAUAGCAUUUUCUACAUUGUCAAUCUUUGUUCUUAUGGUUUCAAUAUACUUCGUUGUGAGUUUGUGCACGUAUCUAUGCGUGUUGGAAAGGCGAAGAUCAGUAAGCCGAAAGAGCUCGUCAGGAAAUGGCUCCUCAACCCGCCAUCCAAGGUUAACUAGGUACAGCAAUGCUUUACGCCGGUUGUGCGUAGGUGUUGCUAUCAUAGUGCUUUGUACUGCCGCCUGCGGCUUAGCUGGACUUCUGGUCUACAGUCUCAACUUCGACUUACAAUACUGCGAAAACUUCGCCAAAGCUCAUCACGCGCUUAGAUCAACUACGGAGAUUUUAUUGAACUCAAUUCUUUGGUUGAGACAGAAGAUUUUUUACCUUCACCCUGCUAUGCGUCAUCUUACGUCACCAUUCACGACUCUAAUAAGCUGGGCGUUCUACAUCAUCAUGAUCAUUUCAACAGCGCUUUCGUUCGUGACGUUUUUAGUCGGUUACAAAGCAACGGACGGAGUUGACAUGACGUGUAUGGUGGAAAAGAACGAACUGAUCAAAUUAAUUCCAAACCAUGUCGUCCUUGCAGUGACCAUAACUCUCCUGGUUACUUACCGUGUCUUAUUCCUAGGCUUGCUCAUCUACCCGCUUAUUAAGCACAGUCGGCAAGUUAGGUCGUCCAGCCUCGGAAAGAAACACGCUGUAGAUCUAAUGAGCCUUAUAAAACGAGUGCUGGUAGCAGACUGCUUAUGCAUCAGUAUCUUCAUAACGGUAUCAGUGCUCACGAGCGCGCUGUACAAGGAAUCAGUUUUCCUUCUCAUCGUGAUUUGGGAGGGUGAACUUGUACUUGGAUUCAUAUUCGUGAUGUUGUCUUUCGUUGAUUGGCGCCGUAGACUCUUCCCUUUCUGUAAUAUGAAACAGAAGCGACAAUCUUCUUCGCAAAGAUCAACCCGUACUACAAUAUGGAGUACGAGCAGUUAAAUGUAAAGCUGUAACAACUCGCAAUGUUUGCUUUGUUUGCUUAAUAGUAAUACUGUGUUUCAAAAAGUGAUAUUUACUUGUAUUUCUUGCGCCACAUUGACCUAUAUAAACUACAUUUCUAAACUUUAUCACUAAUAUUUAAUUUGUUGGAACUAUAUGUAGAUACUUUUGUUAAAAAGUGGUUAUAUUUCUUUUUUUUCGCCUAUACAUUCUUAUACUUACAUUAUAUCACUGGGUAAAUCCUAUUCCAUAACAGAAUUCUGUAAACGAUGGUUUCACAAGUUUUUUUUCCAGUUUUUAUUUGAACUUUUCUUUUUUUGCAACAAAGGUGAAUAUUCUAUAUAUUUUUAGACACUUUAUUGCGGUGUUGCCUUUCGUUCCAGCGGAUGUGUUAAAUCUCACACAUAAAAAAUACAAUAAACGAAAAUGUAAAAGAAAGUGCUUACUGUAUAGUAGGGUGAGGGGAAAAUGGGACACCCUAAUUCUUAUUUUGUUUAUUAGUACCAUUCGAUUGUAAACAAAUUAACCCUCAAAGAAUUAUAAAACUGUAUUUUCGCGACUCCCACACACCUUUGUUAGUUGUUGAAAACAAGAUCAGGGUGUUUGGAUAUUAUGUGUUAACGGUGUCCCAUAUUACCCCUUAGUACUAUAUGCCACACAUGUAAGAAGUCUAAUAAAAUAAACACGAACGCUAACACAGUAUAACCAUUGUUCUUGGUGUAUAUUUUUCUAUGCUGGCGAAGUUGUGGCUGUUGUUUAUUUACACAACCAUAUCACACAACUCAACUCGAAAUGUGUCAUUAAACGAACAUAUAUUUUAUUACAUAACGGCGCAAAAAAAAUCACGAAUUGGUCACAUCCUGAUAUUAGUCACUAAACGUAAGUUUAAAAACACACACACAAAUAGCUGCAAUCUAUAACGUACCACAGUAGUCAUGCCUUGUGCUCUUGUUGUUCAUCUUUUAAGUUAUACAAAUCACAGUAAGGAAUACUUAAAGCCGCCACACCCAUUUAACUUUCGACAACAUUAAAAACCUUAACGCCGCUCAGCCGUUGGACGAGCUGCUUUCUGUUGCCAGCGUUUGAUUUAAAGAUCUUAUUGGCCUGUCGUUCAUUUGAAACUUUCGCCUCACGGUUCCAGUGACAGUUCUUGAACGUACAAGAAACGGUAAGAGUCUUGCUUUCCAAUCUCGAAAGGAAAACACGAUACAGAUAAUGGAUAUUGUGUGGUCCAGGUUGUAAAUUACCUGUCGCAAUGGACUGUAGGUAUCAGUUAAGAAUAGCGCACCAGAGAGGGUGCAGAACAAAUCGACGACAGUCGCUACUGUAGAAGUAGCAAUAACUCUUUUCAUUAGCUUAAUGUGUUUUUGUUUAAUGCUGGCUGUGGGUGACUGGUGUAUGCACAUUGGGUAGACCAGCAGAAAAAGGAGUAUAACUUGAAAAGCAACGAGAAAUGCCAUGUACGUUAGGCCUGCAGCCAUUCCCAUAGCUUCGUUUGUCCAGUACAGUUUGCAUCCAACCGCUGUACCUUCAAAGAAUCGACUGCUCAAGUGUAUUGUGAGAACUGUGCCGCCACACGUCAUAAUAAGACCUAGCACGCACAUGCUUAAAAAUCGUAUGAACUUGUUUGCCAAUGCCGAUAUUGCGGAUAUUCUGUAAAGUGCUCGCUGUCUAAGCCAUAAAAUCAGGUACACGGAGACUAGGAUAAUCCCCGACAAGAUGGUCGCCGUUUUUCGAAGUCCGGUACAAGUCGCCGUUGAUAGGUCCCAGUGCGCUAGCUCGGGGUAUGUCGUCAAUACCCGUACCAGUGUAAAGACACAACCCGCGAAACCAAAACGCCUCAUAAGGUCUGCGACUCGGUCGCGUAUAAGAAGCGACCUUUGACAGUUAAAUGUAGAGUUUUGCAUCUUUACUCUGUACUCGUAAACCGACAAAACUGCGAUGAAGUACAUCAUAAUCAGAAGCAUUGCUGUAUUAAAAACAAUGCAAACAAUUCUUUGUCCGGUGUAUAACUCCAUAAUGAAGCUCUCAUUCAACAUUGUCAAAUUGUCCAUCUUCGUUUUAAAUCCCAGCAUAUUCUAUAGCAGAACUUUAUAUGGCUUAACUCUGCUUAAAAGUAUGCUGUAAAUGAAAAUCCCACUGUCCCAUAAACAUUAUUAAGUCUACUUUUAUUUUGUUUUUCGAGACAUGACUGACUCUAUCAACCUUUUAGGUGCUAUUUUAGUCAACAAAAAUACCCAGAAAAGUGUAGCCGUUUAUGUUAUAUCGGCUAUAGUUAGCUGAUACACCGCAUGUGUGUCUCGUAUUUUUUCGUGCAUAGUCUCAUGUCCGAUAUUAAAAGAACAAAUGGACAACGGAAAUUCAGUGUGCUCAUACCCGCUUGCUAAACACGGUUUAGUUUUUACUAAAUGUUGUAUGAUGAGCUGAGUGUUCGGUUCACAGUGACUAAUUCACACGUAAAAAUGUAAACAAUAUUGCGUCAUAAUCAUAAAGGACAGGGUGCAGAGGCAAUACUGUUGCAAUCCCAGUUACAUUAAC